AUUAUAAAUUUCGUGGAAAGAAAUAGAUUGCAAAUGCGGAGUCUUUCGAUAAUAUAAUGUGAAGGUUAUGUUGCUUGAACUCUUGAAAUAAAUUUUAAAAUUUGGAUGUGCACUUGUUUGUCAUUACAUAAGAUUACAUGUUACUACGAGAUAAGAAAAUGUUGCUGAACGAUUGUCCGGAUCCCGAAAUAAUUGGCUGUGGAUUCAGCGCUUUCAAGGAAAUUGACGAAGUGACUUCUCUGAUUUCGGAAUUGAAAAAAUCUGAUUUAUCGCCGAGUCUUGUUGAAAAAAAUCGAGACCGAUUCAAUUUUAUUUUGUCACAAUACCAGGACCAGAGGCAAUUAUUGGAUCCUUAUCUAGAUGUCAUUCUGCAGCCACUGAUUGAAAUUGUCAGAGAUAAACACUCAACAGAGUGUAUGCAACAUAAUGCAUUCAAAUAUAUUUUCGUUGUCAUGUCCGUCAAAACAUACAAAAAGAUUGUCACCUACCUUCCGCACGAGGUAGCAGAUCUUCUCCCGGUUCUACGAAUGUUAGAAAAGCAGGAUCCGAACAAUGUAGAGACAUGGGAAACUCGAUAUGUGCUUCUAAUCUGGCUCUCUAUAAUAUCAAAAAUACCAUUUCCACUUUCAAGGCUAGAAACUUCUGAUGUAGAAUCAGAACAGUUAAUAACAGUUAGAAUUUUGAAAAUAUGCAAAUUGUUUUGUUUGUCAAAAGAUGCCUGUGCUGUAGCUGCAGUCUUUCUCAUUGCAAAUUUCUUAACAAGAUCUGAUGUCAAGAAGUUAUAUUUGAAAGAAAUGAUUGUAUGGUGUAUAGAGUGUGUGAAGAACGAUCCUUUCAGACAUGGCCCAUUGGCUGUUAUAGCAUCUAUACUGAAGCAUAGCGCAAGAGAAGAUGUUAAACCAUAUACUCAAAAAGUUUUAGAUGAACUCUUACAGCUUCGCUUAAAUGAUAAUCCUGCAGAUCUCAGUAGGAAGUUUGGGAUAAAAAUUGUGCAAAGACUUGGACUGGUAUUAUUGGGAACAAGACUUGCAUCGUGGAGAUAUCAGAGAACCAGUCGUUCUAUAUGUUUACAACUUAAUGUCAAAUCUCCAAAUUCUGUGGAAAAUUUGGAGGAAAUUAAGGAAGUUCCAGUCAAUCAUGAAGAUCAAGAUAUUCCACCAGCAAUAGAAGAUAUUAUCGAACACUUGAUACAAGGUCUUCGAGAUAAAGCAAUCACAAUCCGGUGGUCUGCUGCAAAAGGAAUUGGUAGAAUUACUGCAAGGUUGCCGAUGGAUUUAGCAGAUGAUGUUGUUGGAUUUGUAUUGAACUUGUUCAGUGGUCGAGAGUCAGAUUCUGCUUGGCAUGGUGGGUGUUUGGCAUUAGCAGAGUUAGGAAGACGUGGACUCAUAUUACCUCAUCGUUUAAGUGAUGUGAUACCAGUGGUUUUGCAAGCUUUGGUCUUUGAUGAGCCGAGAGCAUAUGGAUCAAUUGGAUACUUGAUCAGAGAUGCUGCAUGUUACAUUUGUUGGUCGUUCCCUAGAGCAUAUGACCCAGAUAUUUUUCAACCAUAUGUGAAAGAAAUAGCAGCUACAUUGGUUAUUGUCACUUGUUUUGACAGAGAAAUUAACUGUAGAAGAGCUGCAUCUGCAUCAUUUCAAGAAAAUGUUGGCAGGCAAGGAAACUUUCCACAUGGAAUAGAGAUAUUGACUAUUGCUGACUAUUUUGAAGUUGGUGUCAGAAAUCAUGCAUAUUUAAAGAUUAGUAUACAAAUUGCCCAAUAUGAAGAAUACACAAAACCACUCAUUGACCAUUUGGUGGCAAGGAAAGUCACUCAUUGGGAUACAGCAAUUAGAGAGCUUUCAGCCAAAGCACUUUUUAACUUGACAUCUGCUGAUCCAAGUUACAUCAAAGAUACUGUUUUACCAAGCUUACUAGAAAUGUUAAAUUCAAUUGAUUUGAACAUAAGGCAUGGUGCUGUGUUAGCAAUCGCAGAGAUUUUAGAAGCAUUGCACAAUUGUUACAAUGAGAAAGUUGAAAAUAUUAUUGGAACAACUGCUAUGGAAAACAUAAGAAACAUAGUCGGCACAUUACGCAAAAGAGGACAGUUCAAAGGCCUGGGAGGAGAGUUAAUGAAGCAGGCUUGUGCGGUCCUCAUAAGAAAGUGCUCAAUUGUACACUUUCCAAUUUCUAUGGAAGUAAUUUAUGAUUGGCAGAAUCUUUUGGAAGAAUGCUUAGGUCAUGAGGUAUCUAUAGUAAGAACAAAAGCUGCUGAAGCACAUACAGAAUUCUUUUUUAAAUACUAUGCCAAUGUACAGAGAGAAGAACGUGAUAUAGUUAUUAAUCGUUAUCUCGAUAACUUGCAGUCAAGCAAUCAGCUUGUUCGAAUAGGUUUUGCGCAAGCUAUAGGAUACUUUCCUUUGUUUAUAAUUUGUGAGAGAGUAAAGAACGUGAUACAAUCUCUAAUUAAGUGUACAGAAAUAUCAGAACUGUCAUUGAAGUGGGCAGAAAGUAGAAAGGAAGCCAUCCAUGCAUUGAUAAUGGUGUGUCAAACAUUGGGAGUAAAAGAAGCAGAUAAAUGGGAAAUAUUUGUGCACGAUUUAUACAAUUGUUAUCUAUUGGCGUUGAAGGAGUAUACAAUAGACAGUCGUGGGGAUAUAGGAGCGUGGGUACGAGAGGCAGCGAUGACGGGUUUACAUAUGCUAACGAAUUUAGUGUUUCAAGCAAAUUUAGUGUCUGUACUGAAUGAAGAGUUGAUGGCGAAGGUAAUUGGAGGAGUAGCACAACAGGCUGUAGAAAGAAUUGAUGGAAUUCGAGCACAAGCGGGAAGUGUUUUCAGUGCGCUCAUUCACAAUGACCCUCCUCUACCAAACAUUCCAUAUCACACAGAAUUAAAAACCAUCUUCCCAUAUGAAGAAUGCAAAGAGACCAUAGAAUGGCGAAUGGAGUCUGCAACUUUUCCAAGAUUCAUUGAGAUGCUAUCGUAUCCUCCUUAUAAAAUGAAUCUACUGCAAGGAAUUGUAUUCAGUGUUGGAGGUCUCAGCGAGUCUUUAGUGAAACACUCUAGUGUCUCGUUAUUUUCUUAUUUGCAAGAAAUAGGUGAAUCAGAUAUCAGAGAUAUAUGCUACAAGAUAUUAACGAUUUUCAAAGAAAGUCAUAAAAAUGAGAGAAUGAUCACAUCGAUCUUAGCUUUUUUGGAUCGAUUGCUUAGCUCCGGCUGUAUCCAAAUUAUCCUCGAUGAUGCCGAAAAUGACAUUGCUGAGAAAAUUUUAAUGCUUCUCAAACAGGAGAUAAAAAAUUCUAAUAACACGAAGUUGUUGAUUAGUAGCAUAAAUGUAUUCUGCCAGCUCUUACAGGUACGAGGACCAGUUGGCAAGAGAGCAUUCUGUCAGUUGAGUAUUUUCCUUUGUCACAAGUAUAAAUGUAUACGCAAAGUAGCAGCAACGAAAACUUAUGAAGCUUUAACUCUGUAUGGAGAAGAUAUGGAUCUCAGUGAAGAAAAUUUGAUGAAAAUCUUAACUGAAUUGAAUGUUACGGAUUGGGAAAGAUCGGUUGCCGAAUUACGACCGAUAAGAAAUCAACUUUGCGAAUUAAUGGAGGUACCCACUCCAGUUCUGCAAAACAAAGUUGCGAAUUAAAUAUUGUUUAGAAACAUUGGUAAAUCGACCAAAGUAAGGGGCACAUCACUAAAUCUGCUGAACGUUGAGGAAUACUUAAAAAGAUUCAGGAUCUCCUGUUGCACCAAAAUAGGAUUGUUUCUUGGGGAUUCUUCGUGAAGCAAACCCCAUGGAGCUUUAUAGGGAUUCCAUUCUGGUAAAUCAUCAAUUUGAAAACUGCUACCAUAAAACAGAAAACUCUGGAAGUUAAAAUAAGAGUAAAUUAAUUUAAAAUAAUUUAAUGUAGAUUAUUAGUAAUUUAUAACUGUAAUCAUGAUAACAGAUUAAUUUUUAUACAAAUAUUUCUAAAAAGAAAAUCGAUAACAUUACACUUAUUUUUGGGUGAUAUCGAUAAGUUCGAUUGCUUGUAAAAUAACAGGAAUGUUUCCCGCAUUUACGAACUUUCCCAUCGUUUCCGAAAGGGGUCCACCAUAAAAUUACAGGAAUAUCCACUGCUGGACAAAAUAUUGAUACUCUUAAUUAUUAAUACUUUUUUUUUCCUUUUAUGCAUUUAUUCUAUAAUAAUGUUUAUUUAAAUAACAAAAGUUUAUUGAUCUUUAUAUACCUGAAUCUAGUGAUUCGUUGAUGAAUUGAACUAAUUGCACCUGUAAAUUAUUUCAAGCUAAAUUAUUGAAUUUAGCAUAAUAGGAACAUGAUAAAGAAUUUCUUGAUUUGCUGUUUAAUAAUAAAUACAUAAGUAACACAUUUUAAUAAAUCGAAAAUAAAUAUUGAUUUCAAUUUAA